ACGCGCACUUGCACAGGUUGCAGAUGCGUCUAAUAUAUAUAGAGACUCUUCACAAAAGAAUACAUCUGGUAUAACCGCACUCAGUUCCACGCUUGCUGAAUAAUGCUGCACGCUCACUUCUGAAAUUUCAGCGGACACGCAUGAGGAACAGAACGAUUUCUGGCUUUGAGUCUGUGAAGGAACUAUGAUGCUUAACUUAUUUUUUCAGAGCGCAUGUAAUAAGUGAAUAGUCCAUCCGCAUUCUACUUCAUUCAGGACGCCCUUCAUCCAGCAUGCUCACUCUGACAGUAGUAUUUCUUCUCGUGGGCAAAGUCUUGUCUACACAGAAUUCAUGUCCUUCAGGGGCAUUCACCACCAGUGGGGAGUGCUGCAAACGAUGCCAACCCGGGGAAGGGAUGGCGACGCCCUGCGGAGAGACACAGACAGUGUGUGAACCGUGUCUUGACAGUGAGACAUUCUCAGAGAACUUCAGCCACACAGAGAAAUGCAAGCCGUGUACACCAUGUUCUGAACUCACACGCAUGUUGACGCCCUGCACUGAUGCUAACGACGCGGUGUGUGUCUGCGACUAUGGGUUCUUCUUCAGCAAAGAGACGAGCCGCUGUGAGGCCUGCACGGUGUGCCCUGUGGGCCAGGGUGUGCUGAUGCGCUGUAUUUUUGACCGUGACACGACGUGCGAGGAGUGCAUGGAUGACACGUAUUCAGAUCAGGAGACCUCUUUUGACCCCUGCAUGCCCUGCACCGUCUGCGAUCAGCCUGAGAUGGAGUUGAAAAGCUGCACGGCUGUCAGUGACACUGUCUGCCAAGAUGUAGAUCCUCCUAACAGCUCAAACUUUCCUUUUCCUCUUCCAUAUGCUACACCUUCUCCUCCUCCUUUUUCUUCUCCCUCUUAUUCUUCUUCUCGUGCUCCAUCAGAUGUCUUGUAUACAGUCAAGUCUCCUCCUGACAGUCCUACGGAGAGCGUGACCACGGCUGACCCUGGGCUGAAGAGACUCCAUGGGCUGAGUGACAACCUCAUUCCCAUCUACACCUCUAUACUGGCUGCAGUGUUGUUGGGCCUGGUGGCUUUCAUCAUCUUUAAACGGUGGAACAGUUGUAAGCAGAACAAGCAAGGAGCCAAUAAUAGAGCGUGCAGUGCAAACCCUAGUCAGACCCCUUCUCCUGAGGGAGAGAAACUCCACAGUGACAGCGGCAUCUCAGUGGACAUUCAGAGCUUACAGGAGGGCCAGGGGGCUCCACAUACAGUGGUCAAGAUAGAUGGAGGUUCGGCACUGUCCUUGCCAUUACACACAAGGGAGGAGGUUGAGAAACUGCUAAAUCGUACCUGUGAAGGGGAGGAGUCAGAAGCCAAUGAGGAAACCGACUGGUGCAGCCUGGCAGGUCUACUUGGAUACAAAGAAGAACACAUUGCUAAUUUCAAGCAGGAAGAAAGGCCCAUCCAAGCCCUUCUGUCUCAUUGGGCAAACCAGGAGUCGGCUAAUAUUGAUACGCUUUGCACAGCACUGAAGAAGAUCAAUAGGGAGGAUAUUGCGCAAAGCAUCACAGUAAAACCAACUGCUACAUCCACCGUAUGAGAAAACAUGUGCUUGUAAACACACACAUUCUCCCAAGCGCUCAAAUACACACCUUACAUUGCCUUCAGCAUACUUCGAUGUUGAUGUAUCACAUGUGAAGUUGAUGUAUCACUAUAUCCUUAACUUUAGGCAGUAAACUCAAGUUUCAUUUCCCUUUACCCUUGAAAAUGGCCAAACUGUGUGCAAAGAAUGCACAAUUUAGUAAAUAUUGUUUGCAUGUUCCUUUAAUUUGAGGAAAGCCAUACGGACUCAUGUCGGAUAUUUGUGUCUUUCCUGAAGAAAUUCACCAUAAAUGACUCAUCAAAUCAAAAUCGUACAUUUUAUGUUUAAUAUAUUUCAGCAUCACAACUAAACAAACUACACACCACAUCCAUCUUUAGCACACCGAUUAUUACGCUUAAGUAUAAGUAAACAAAAAAGUUUUUAGCAUUCUUUAAUCCAUUUGACUGUCUCUGUACCGAGCCCUCUAUGUUACAUCCAUAAUGCAUACCCCAAUGCAUAUGCUAAUUAUAUGUCAAAUGUGGCCAGUUGAUUGUCUGUACAUUGAGUGUACCAUAACCACCAACCAUAUCCACUGAUUAUAUCCUGUAAGAGUAUGACCCCUGACCUCUCAUGUACACAGUCGAUUUUGUGAUCCUGUGCUUUAAAUACAAUCAGAUACAGUAUGAGAAGAGUCAGUCAUAGACAAAUGAAUAAGAGAAGUCAUAACACUCUAUAUGAAGACUGUAAAAAUUGUGGAAAUUGACAUUUUUUAUUUUUGUCGCUAACUAAAGAACCUAGAUUUACGAUGCCAUUAUUGUCAGAUUUUUGCUUAUUUGAUUUUAAACUAAACUGGUAUUAAGGAGAGGGACUUUUUCAUCAAAGAGAGCAUUGGAUUGGACCAAAAAUUGUGUAUACUUAGAAGUAUAAUGGCAUAUAGAUGAACUAAAAGUAUUCAUGGGUCUUUAAAGCUAUUCUGAUAUGAGUAAUCAACUGCAUUUCUUGGUUUCAGGUCUAGCAUCUCCAUAUCUCAUCUUUUGCUGUGUCAGUAACAAGAGGGGAAUGUUUCAGUAAGAGUUGUCAUGUAGACAUUGUCAAUUAAUUAUAUUUAUUUUUAUUUUUUGCAGAGAGAUGCAAUGGUGAAAAAAAAAACACACAUUAGAAAUUGUUACAGCCAGUUUGUUACAGCCAAAAUGAUUUAUGGUUUGGUUCAAACUUAAUUAAAAUGAUUUUUUCCCCAAAUACAAAAAGAUUCUAGCUAUUAUUUAUAUCAUACCAUCCUCAAUCAAUUAAUUCAAUUAAAGACGGUUCAAGCCAAAAUGUUACUUAAUGAGUGUCAAAAUAGUCUUUUUACAACGUAUCUACUUCUGUAAUUAGAAUCUAGUUUUGCAGUUAAUUUGCCAAUGGGUGGUGGUUUAUUGGUUUAUUUACAAGUUAAAAGAGCCAAAAUCAAAACCUCUUUGACAUUGUAGUCUUGUGGCUUGUCCAAAUUUUGAGAAAAAUUCAAGCAAAAAUUGUAAUUGAUGUAUAAUAUUCAACCAAGUUUGUUCAGACCCCUAAACCUAGAGUAAUACUAUUAGAAAUGGCAGAGACUUAAUGUUGUUUUUAUCAGUGUUCAUUCUGUCUGCAUCUGGGCAGGUGACUCUGAAAACAUUCUAGAUCGAAUUAAUAAACAGGAGGUUUUGUUAUCCUGGUGGUCCGGCUGAAAGAUGAUAGCAGUUUCCUUUUUUGCCUUUUUACUUUUUUCUUUAUUACAGCGGUAAUGUGACACUGGUCACUACCUGGCUCAGGUCAUCACCAUGACAAAAUCGCUUGGCCAUGCAGUCUGUGACCCACAUAGACAAAUGUUAAAGACACAAGACCAAAGAAACAAGCUUCCCCAUAAAAUUAACUGGUGACUGAUACGAGCGUUUAGGGUGAUUAAAAGCGAUUCUUUUGAAGGCACAAUACAGGGUUCCCACAGUCAUGGAAAACCUGGAUAUUUCAGUGAAUUUUAGGAUUGAUUGGACGUUCACUGGUCAAAACGUGUGGGAACACUAAAGGACUAAGAAACUAGAAGAGAAUCUCAAACAAUUAAAAUCUUUUGUGGCUAUCGUAAUGUUAAACUCUAAGAUUCAGCAGUAUAUUAAUGGAUAUAGUAUCAAAAACUCAAAUGAUCCGAUGUAACAAUUUGUGCAACUGAUAUAUUUGGUUCAAAUACUGACAUUGGUGUAGGAUACAGUUGUCUUUAGAAAUUAAUUCAAAAGACAUCUCCAGGGCUUUAUAAUGUCUCAGGGUUUGUGUGGAGAUAUGCCCAUCUAUCACUAUUCCCUAUUAUUUCUAAGUUGUCAGUAUAUCAGUGGCCUUAUAAUGAAGUGUUAUAAUGGAGGUUGCAGGAAGCACUAGCUGAUUUUCUGAACUUCAGCACAGACUUUUGGGCCCAACAAGUUUUUUUUUGUUUUUUUUUACUAUGAUGGAACACGGCAAGAAAAGGGAGACAUGUUUAAUGUGCUUAUGCAUAAGAUAUAAAACAACAUAAAAAUUCUCAAGCUGCAUUAUUGUCAGUAUUCAUAAAUUCUUGUGACGUUCAUGCAGUUCGAAAAGUGAAGCAGCAGCGUACAUUAUUAAUAUAUUUGAAUAUUACAGUCAUCCUAAAUACUGAGAAAGACACUUUUAACCUUUAUGGCCAUACAUUUUUUGGAACAAUGCAAACACACUGUAAUUUGUAUCUUUAAAUGAAGGCAUUCUCCAUUUCUGGAUGGGUUUUUUAAAGAUUAGAGUGUAGCACUUACAAACCAUGAUAUACAUUUUGAAAAACCAAUACCUUAGAUUAAUAUCAGGUAUGUGUUGUUGUUGUUUUUUAACUUCUGUUCAGUAUGUACAUAAUUUUCCUGUGUUUGUGAUAACUGAUCUGGAGGUCAAUAUCAAACAAUCCUGAAACUAUAAACCCAACAAACUAAAAGAAAGUCACGUGAUUUGCCACUGUUCUUCAACCGUUAUACUAUUUUGCUGUUUUUUCAUAUAUGUAAUCCUUUUGAUUUUUUGACAAAUUUGCCAUUUCGGUUUGAAUUUAUUUGUAGACUAUUUUUCUACUGUUACACAUAAUAUCAGAGCACGUAUCGCAUGUACUAACAUGGCACAUUACUCUCUGACAAUCACACUUGUGCAGUUAUCAGACAUGGAGUUGCUCAGAAAACAUUAAUACCCAGAGACUGAAUCUUGCUCUUUGGUAGAUGAGCUUUGUGAGAUGAGUAUGAGGAGCAUGAGUUGGUGAGCUGAUGUUUUGUUGGGUUUAUUUGGACACAGGUUCUGUAGGAAGAAACAAUACUGAAUGUUACAUGUAUUUACUGUUAUGUACACUGUAUCAUAUAAAUGCGAAUUUACUAGAAUUCAUAAAGUAGGUUUAAUGCAGUUACUAUUACAAAUAAGAAAUAA